CUAGGCGGAGUGAUUUAGAGAGGACUACACCCAAGCGCCUGUCUGAUUGUAGCGGCUUCUUUUCGUUGCCUAGACUAGAAGAAAGCCGGGACGUGAACGAGUUGGGCAGGGUCUUGAUUGCUGGAGGCCCAUUAACAGCCGGAAAGUCACUCUCUUCGCAGUUUCUUUUUGCCGUUCAAGGGGCGAUUCGGAUUCUUCUAGCGUCCAUUUUAAUCUUGUAGUAGCAAUUUCACAAACAUGUCCUGGACUAGCUACGUGGAAAACCUGAUGGCUGAUGGCAGCUGCCAGGACGCGGCCAUUGUUGGGUAUACGGACUCAAAAUACGUCUGGGCUUCGCAUCCUGGUGGCACGUUUGCCAACAUUACGCCUGUGGAAAUCGAGGUGUUAAUAGGACAGGACCGGUCAACAUUUUUCACAAAUGGGCUGACCUUAGGCGGUAAGAAGUGCUCAGUAAUCAGAGACAGCCUCUGCAUUGAUGGUGAGUGGACAAUGGACAUCAGGACAAAGAGUCAAGGAGGGGAGCCAACAUACAAUGUUUCCAUAGGCCAAGCAAAACAAGCAUUGGUUCUUGUCAUGGGGAAGGAAGGUGUCCAUGGAGGAAAGCUCAACAAGAUAGCAUUUUCGAUGGCAAAGUACCUGAGGGACGUUGGAUACUAAAGCAGCCAGUACCCAACUACUUAACAGUUCACCCUUGCCACCCUGUUGCAUUCACACUACUUCCAGACCUAGUUUGUAGUCCUUUUUUUCCACCCUUCCCUCCUCUUCAACCCUUUCAGUUAUUCCUGAUUGUUAUUAUAUUCCUUAAAUUCUGUUUUUGCCUCAAAACUUUGCGCUUUUGAUUUCUGAAAGAAAGAAAACCUUUGGGCACUCUUAAGUUGAUCCAUAGCAGAAAUUAGCAUGUCUAAAACAAAAAUGAUGUCAUGAAAAUCUUUACCUGUACCAAUGAAGACCAGCAAAAAAGACCAUUGCAGAACACUUGGUAAUGAAGGCUAUAGUGUCAAAUUGAAGUACAUCUUCCUUUUUUUCAAUAUUUUUCAGCUUUCACUUGAUCAUCUGACACUCCCUAUCUGAGCAGCCAAUGCUUUUAGAGUACUUAACACGUCUUCCUACUCUCAUCCAGAAGGGAAGACUACAUAUCUUAGACCAGCGUUUCCCAACCCUGGUCCUCAGGGCACACUGUCCUGCACACUGUUUUCCAUGUUGCUCUGCUUAUGCACACCUGAUUCAGCUCAUCAUCAGACUCAGCAGAAGCCUGACAAUGAUGGUCAUCAGAGGCAGGUGUGUUUGAGCAGGGUUGGAUUAAAAAAUGCUGGACAGUGUGCCUUGAUGACCAGGGUUGGGAAACACUGUCUUAGACCACUAGCAUCCCAAGCCAAAUUGUUUCUUCAUCCACGACAAACCUCACUGCAACCUUUCAUCAAACACUACCCAGCAUGCACCUUUUUUUUGUAGAGCUUUUUAAGGGGAGUUGACUUUGAUUAACUCGCAUCAUGGACAUGCUGACAUCCACGCCCCCUCUUCAGCAUCAUCAGUACACAAACCCAUGGACAUUCCACAGUUUCUAUCGCUCAGGCACUUACAACUAUUGUUUGCCACUUUUUUUUUUUUUUUUAAAGCUGCCAUUUUUUUUGAUAAAUAAUCCCUGCACACAACUAUGUUGUCCACAAAAUAAAUACCAUUUCCUUUCUUUAUAGGACCAAGUGUAGUCACAGUUGUGUGUUUAUACAAUUGCUCUAGAUCAGGACUAAUUCCUGCUGAAGGAUGUGGUACAAACAAGAAUUGAAUGGUUAAAACGAUCAGCCUACGGGGUAGGUAAAGGGUGAGGGAAGUUGAAAAAUGUUGUCUUUAUAGUUUAGAAAAAUGAUUGCAUUUGUACAAACCCUCGCUGUGUUGACAACUACAUAACUGUGGAAUAAAUUGCCUUCUACUUUAUAGUCAGCUGAGCUUUUUGUCACAUGGUCUGUCCAUGCUCAGUACUGCUAACUGUAACGUCCAGCUGAAAACUAACCUAAAAGUAGAGCCCACACUCGCUGGAUUAGUCCAAACAAAGACACUCAUGGUUGUUGAAGUAUAAUUGCAGAACUUGUGUAUCCUGUGCCAUAUUGUAAAGAUCUGUUGUGGGAUUACUUUCACCCACUCUUCACUACAAAGUUGAUUCAUCUGUACUUUUACUUUGUUCUAGCUUCUGCUCCACUGUUUAGGCCUUUGGGACAUAUGUACUCAUUUAAAUGACAAAAAGUCCUGUUUCUCUUUUGUUCAUUCUCUUUACUCACCAUUUUUUUUCUUACAUCUGGGAUACAGUCUUUAAUGCAUCUGGUUUCAUAUGCAUCAAGCAAAUGCCAUAAAUUGAUUUAUCACCUUGUUUACAGACAGAUCAAAUAAAUUUAUUCCAACAAGAAACCA